AUGUUGUGUCUAAAGGAUUACGAAGACUACGCCAGCCAGACAGUCGAUAAAAAGAUCUGGGCAUUUCACAGUCAGGGAGCUGAAAGAGAAGAAACUUUAAAGCAAAAUGUACAAAGUUUUACAAGGUUCAAAAUAAUUCCCCGGUUGCUGAGAAACACUCCAACACGAGAUCUCAGAGUGACCAUUCUUGGAAAUGAAGUUGCUUUGCCGUUCGGAAUAGCUCCCUCAGCUUACCAAAGACUUACUCAUCCUGAUGGAGAGAUUGCAGUAUCCAAUGCUGCAUCUGAAAUGGGUACCAUUUUUACUCUCAGUACUGUCGCUUCUACAUCAUUAGAAGAUAUUGCCCGUCAUCAAGUAAGAAACACUCCACUUUUUAUGCAAUUUUAUGUUCUAAAAGAACGAAAGUACACUGAAGAAAUGAUCCACAGAGUCGAAAAGUGUGGAUACAAAGCAUUAGUUCUUACAGUAGAUGCACCGGUUAUUGGUUUACAGUACAGGCUCCUGAGAGCAAAUUUCAGGCUACCUCCGCACAUAAGUGCACCCAAUAUUGCUGAUGCUAUUCCAAAGAAACGCCCUGCCAAUGCGAGAAAUGCGGAGUUGUAUUCAGACACCGUUUCAUGGGAAGAUGUAGAUUGGAUUAGAAGAAUAUCCAAGCUUCCUCUCAUUUUAAAAGGAAUUGUGACAGUGGACGAUGCUCUGGAGGCUGUAAAGCAUGGAGUUUCUGGAAUAUGGGUCUCUAACCACGGAGGAAGACAAUUGGAUGGUAUCGAAGCAACGCUGGAAGCCUUGCCUGACAUAGCAGCUGCCCUCAAAGGAUCCGGUUGUGAAAUCUACAUGGACGGAGGAAUUCGUUGGGGAAGUGACAUCUUCAAGGCUCUUGCUCUUGGAGCUGAUUUCGUCUUCAUAGGUAGACCAGCACUGUGGGGACUCGCACAUUCGGGACAAGAAGGCGUGAAGCGAAUACUUGAAAUUUUGAAGAGCGAGUUGGAUAGAACAAUGCAUCUUGCAGGAUGCGCUUCAAUCAAAGACAUAAGCCCACACAUGGUUAAAAAAGCUCACUCUUCAAAAAUAUGAACUAUUUUAGUUUAAGAAAAAGACUGUGAGAUAUGCAUUCAAGACAAUACUGCAAGUCUAAGGGUGUAUGUGUACAAAGCAAGGAUAUCCUUACAAGAGAAUGUAG